UUUUUUUUUAUGAAAACGUGGAUAAUUGAUCGAAGGAUAAUUAUUGUUUAUUAAAUUAAGUUUUAUUGAUUUCUGAAAGUUGAUGCGUGGCUUCUCAUUUGUGUGCUCAGAAAUCUUGCGAUAUGUGUUCUUUACUGAAAAAUUAUGUAUUUUCUUUAUUACUCAUACAGACAAUAGUAGUGGGCCAAGAAUACAAAGUAACUGAACAAGUUUUUUUUGAUAUUGAACAAGAUGACAAAUUCCUUGGGAGGAUUGUGAUUGGACUCUUUGGCGAGAUAGUGCCUAAAACGGUGUUCAAUUUUAAAACAAUCGCUAUGUAUGGCAUCAAUGGGAAAACUUAUGAAAACAGUCCAUUUCAUCGGGUUAUAGAACGAUUCAUGAUACAAGGUGGAGAUAUUGUACACGGAAAUGGUUCUGGUACGAUAAGUGUAUAUGGAAAGACUUUCGAAGACGAAAACUUCAUUAUAAAACACUCGGGUCCAGGUCUGGUUAGUAUGGCAAACACAGGACCCAAUACCAACGGAUGUCAAUAUUUCAUUACCACAAUGGCUACUCCAUGGCUGAAUGGUCAGCAUGUGGUAUUCGGCAAAGUUGUGAAAGGCCAAGACGUUGUCCACGUAAUAGAACAUGCUCGAAGGGAUGUGAAAGAUCGACCUUUGAAACCGAUUAUUAUUGUACGUUCCGGUUUGAUAGAUCUGCCAGUGCCUUAUAUGGAAGCAGAAAAAGAUUAUGAGUUGACAUUCUGGGCUUGGUUGAAGGCUGGUUGGUUUCCACUUUCUUUUUCAUUUUUAAUACUUGGAUUCUUUCAUUAUCUUAUGUCUAAAUUGAAUCAAUUUUGAUCUUGUUCGAAUUUUUUUCCCUCAUAAUUGUGAAUAUUCAGGAGGAUAAAUAAUUAAUUCAACUACCUAAUUAGCGAUCUAGCUAUUGUUGAGUUUAAGUAUUUUUAAAUUAUGUUUUUCAUUCUGUAAUGUAAUGGAGGCUCAUAUUUUGCGAGGAGCAAUGGUUAUUAUCAGUAUCUUCAUUAAAUUUUUAUU